AUGGAUCUAAAAGAGCUGCAUGCUCUCAGCUUUCAGCUUCCGCAGCCCAUUUCUCUCAGCAUGCGGCAGAUUCGGGGGGCACGUCUGGCACGGUGCUGGUACAGGAACAGCCUGCCCAGCUUUCCCAGCUUUGGAGCCUUCAGGGCAGCCGGCACAGCGAAACAACCGCAGGGACCUUUGUUGGUGAGUGCAACCGGUGCUCCUUUGUCCAGCUCCUCUUCUAGUGGUACUGGCCCUGAUUUGGAGCUGACUGCGGAGAAUGCGGCACAGGUCUUACAAAGUGGAAGUCCUUUUCUGCUGCUCGUGGGAGAGCUUGAGAACCAAGUGGCUAAAAAGAUCGGAGGUUUGCAAAAGGCUGCUCAAGGCCGUCUUCCGUUGGUGAGGUUGAACUGCAGCACGCUUCCGCAAGUCUGUCAAGCGUUGCAGAUAGCUUCUUCACCCACUUUGUUGCUUAUGGCCAAAGGGCAGGUUGUCACGGCUCUAGAAAGAGACAUCUCUGCUCCUGCUGCGACCACCUUUGUGGAGAAUGUUGCGCAGAUGCUGGGGCUGAAGGUGGACCUCGCGGAAGCCGUCACCGAGCAGCUGAAGGAGGCGGAGGAGCUGGAGUGGAGCGACGCAGCGCUGGCAGAACGGAGCUACGACACGGUUUUGAGCCGCUCGGACCUCCAGAAUGACGCCAGAAUACGAGCUCUUGCGGGCCGUGCUCGAUGCUUGUUGAGGCGCCGAGAUGUGUCAGCAGCGCAGCAGUCAAAGCUUCUGUUGGAAGAGUUGCAGAGUCAGGGACAUGGAGGUUUGCCAGAGGUCAAGCAAGCAGUUGCUAUGCAGUGGAUUGACCAGAGACAGCGCGAAUUAGGUCAGACGAAUCUGCAAACUCUCAAGGCAGCGUGGGAGGCAGAUCCCACAGAUCUUGCUGCAGUUCAGGCCUAUGCCGUGUCAAUCUUCUGGGCGAAGGGAGAGGUGGAUGCAUUUGAGGCUGGCCUGUCGCUGCUCCGUCGGAAGCGAUCCGAUGAGGCACGGCAGUUGGUGCUGUCUUUGGUAGAGGCUCUUGGGCCUCAGCACCCGCGCAGUGCCUCUGCCAGGAGGCUUUUGCACACUUGCAGAGCCAUGUUCAAUAGUUCAAUGUGA